AUGGCGGCCUCCGUGAUCCGCGGAUCGCUGCUCCUUGGGAAAUCCAUGAAAUGUCUUCGAACAACUUGCCGUCUGCCUUUCUCUGCACCAAUACGACGUUUGAGAUAUUAUGUGGCACUCCCUGUAACACCAAAUGACACGCCAGACAAUAAUCCAUUGUUGAGAAUUGAGGAUGAUCCACAUCUUUCAAGAAUAUCACCAAAACAAAUGGUGCGAGGAUGUGCAAAAUUAAGCCUUGAUUUUGAAAGAAUAGUAGAUGCACAUUUUUCUUCAUUUAUAGAUGAUCCAAACAAACCAAGAACAUUUGAAAGUGUAGUGGCUCCUGUCGAUGCUCUUCAUGCACCUCUGAGAACAGCAGCCAGUACUGUCACGAUACUCACCUGGUUUAGGAACUCACAGCCCUUCAUAGAUGCCAAGGCUAGGAUUGACCCGCAGGUAGAAAGAGCCCUAGCUGAUAUCUAUACAGAUGAAUGCUGCACAAUUUUGAAGGAUCUGUAUACAAAAAGUAAAGAUUCCAUGACAGAUGAGGAGAUCUCUCUCCUAGAGCUCAUGUUGCGAUAUUGUCAAAAGUCAGGGCUGGACCUAAAUGCCAAAUCACGAGAAGACUGGGAUAUUGCUAUGCGAAAACUUCAUGAACUAUCUACAGACUUUGGAAAACGAGCCACUGCCUGUAAGAGGUUAUUUGUCCACACUAUCACAGACCCAGAUAUCAUUAAACACCUGCCAAUGGUUCUACUGUACUACACAUCAGUGAACACGAGAAAUCCCGGAUCAGGUCCCUGGAAAUUCACAUUGAAUGAUUCUGUGUAUAAGUUAUUUCUUGAGUACUGUCCUGACGCUGAGGAGAGACACAACAUCUGGUAUGCGUACAAUAACGUGUCCUCAACAGACUAUGUUACACAGUACCUGGAUACACACAGACUCAUAGAUGAAAUUGUCAGAUUUAGAAAACAAGUUGCAGAAGAUUUUGGAUAUGCAAGUUACGCUCAGUAUAUGAUGCAGCAUAAAAUGGCUGGUUCUGUGGACACAGUAUUGAAUAUGGUGGAAGAAUUGAGGAAUGCCUACCUUCCACAAGCCGAAGAAGAAUUUGAUUCUCUCCAGGAAUUUGCUGAAGAAGAUGGCUAUGAGGAUGAAUUAAAGCUCUGUGAUGUUCCUUACUACCGCCGAAAGCAGAAGGAGUCCUUGCACAAGGAAGAAAAUGUCUCGAGUUAUUUCAUGUACAAAGAUGUUGUUGAAAGUGCAAUGCAUCUGGCCACCCACAUGUUUGGAAUCAAGUUUGUGUAUUCAGAUAGACAUUAUACAUUUUCUGAGGAUGCUUUGGGUUUCGAUGCAUUUGAUGAAGAAGGUAAAGUUCUUGGUCAUUAUAUUCUUGAUCCAUUCCCUCAACCAGAAAAAUUACAGGGUACAUGGAUGCUUUCAGGAAGAGCAAGGUGUAAAAAUCCUGUACUAACCCCCUACACCUACCAGUCAAUGGACUUGGAUCGCAACAAUCCUACUCUCACAUGGCACCAACUUGGCUCAUUUUAUCUUGAGUUUGGAUUUUUUUUACAACAAUGUUUGUCUAAGACUUCGUUCCAUAUGCUGUCAACAAAUGGCACAGAGGAAGAUAUAGAUACAUUGCUCGGUCACCUCUUGCUACAGUUUACAAUGGAUCCCGAGUACUUACAGAAGAUCAGUAGGCAUAUAAAGACAGGGGAAAAACUGCCUAUGCCAGUCAUCCAAGCAAUGUUACAAGAGAAUAAACAUAUGGCUGGCUGGGACCUCUGUUAUAAACUUUUUAAAAUUGCUUAUGACAUGGAAAUCAAUUUAUCCCAUGAUAACUGGUACAGCACACUCGAGAAAAUUUGGCCAUUAUACAUGCCCAUUCCCCUGGAUAUUGAUGACAACCACCCAUGUUCUGACCUAAACCAGUUUCAACAUGGACUGGCUGCUAGCUCCUACCAUGUCAUCUGGACAGAGAUGGUGGCUUUAGAUAUGUUAGAAGUUUUCAGAGAUGCAGGCAGUUUAACUGAUGAGAAAGCACUUCAAGAAGUAGGAUACAGGUUACGAGACUCCUUUUUCCAACCACUUGCUACGGUGAAAGCUAAGGAACUGUUCCGACGAUUCCGAGGCCGGGAUCCUUCCGUAGAACCCCUCAAGUCUUAUUACAAGGCGAUCAACUGAAAAACUGUGAUAUAUGAUAAGUGUUGGGAGAUAACGUUUAUAUUUCUGAUAAACAAUGAGAUGACUUUUGUUCAGUGGACUGGUCAUUGGUCAGUGGUCAAUUGAUUAGUGAUUAAAUAGAGGAUUGGUCGGAGAUCAUUUCAAUAGGAAAUUCGAGAGGACUGGUUUUCUGAUCACAUGAAUGAAGUAACCUCAUUAAUAGUCAAAAUGGACUAUGGCUAUCAACGGUUGUUCGCUGUUUUGUUGGUAUGAAUUAAUAGGAAAGGGUGACAAGGACAUCUGAUUAAACUCUGUCUAAAGACUGUGUGUAUGUGUAAUAUAUGACUGUGUAAUUUUGACAAAAGCGACAUCAUAUAUAUCUCUAUUUUGUUAUUAAUUUUGGGCACAUAACUGUUCAAUUUCACCUCAAUCACACAAGAUGUUCCAUAGAUUACUUAUAAAUAUGAAAAUACAAUAGAAUGCUUUAUUUAUGUGGAUACUUAUCACACUACUAUAUCUAUCAUCAAAUACAGGCUUAUUGAACGGAUACUGAAGCUUUAAUUGAUGCAAAAAAACAAUUUGAUAGAAACUUCUCUGGAUAAAAAAUCAAACAGUUUGGGAUCAAAAGAUAUAUAUCAUUCACUGUCACCAAAAGUACUUUUCGUGAAGGCAAGGAAUGACAAAAUGCUUUUUUAAAUAAAUGAUUUGAUUGUAAAAUCUGUGAAGAUUUGUGCUUAUUGUUCAGAAUAAGCUUAUCCCUAGACAGAAUGUGUAGCUGUGUAUGAAUGUAGUUUUGAGUUUUUACAAUCAUAUGUUGUUUUGAUAGUAAUGAACAUGAUCAUCAGGAAAUAUCAUUUUGGAACAUAAAGUUGAGUACAUCACUUCUAAAUGAAAUUUGGUUUCCAUUUGGAAGUGUUAUAAUAUCUCAAUACUUUAAACGGUUAUGUGUGCUAUACCUUGUGUCUGUUAGAUCUUUUUAUAUACAUAUACUUCUAGAAAGGACUCCCCUUGUGUUAUUUAAUAAUUUUUUCAACACAUGAAAUAAAUAUAAGUUGUCUACAA